CUGAACUGAAGGGAGCACGAGCACCACCACCACCACCACCUCCCUCUGAACCCUCCCCCUGUCUGUUGAUAUCUCAGCCGGGAGAGGUUUGAAUCAGCCUCAGGCUUCACAGUCGCCGCCAUGCUGCGCUGAGGUAGAGGAACUUAACCAAACUUUGUGUCCGGACUCGCUGCUCUGACUCUAACCUCCACACAAACACCAGGAUUCUGGACUAAGUGGAAACCUUCUCCUCGACCUCUGUGCCUCUACGUGAGCCAUUUUUCAACCGUGUGAGGAAAAGUAAAGAGACGUUUUCAUGUAUCAAUAUUCGCUAGCUGACGCCAUGACAGACAACUUGAGGAUUUUAUAAUUCUCUCCGGUGGAAGAGCGUCGCGUCUUGUAAGGAGCCACAGAGGAAACUUCACGGUUCCAAAGACAUCGGAGUCAAACAUGGGAUUUGGCGUGCUGGGAGUGUUCCUGGGUCUGCUCCUCGAAGUCUCCACCCAUGGACCCCAUACUGUGCCUCGGACCUCCUGGAGACACCAAGAUUUAGAUCUGAUGGAGUUUUCCGAGCCCGGGAUCUUCAACUACUCCACGCUGUUGCUGAGCGAGAAAAGCGAUGCACUGUAUGUGGGAGCCAGGGAGGCCAUCUUUCAGCUCAGCAAGAAGAACGUGACCGUCAGAAACAACAAGGUUCAGUGGAAAGUUGCAGAAACCCCCGUGUCUAUGUGCACGCUUAAAGGAAAGUCGAAAGAGAAGGACUGCCUGAACUACAUUCGAGUGCUACAAGCGGUCAACGACGAGCGUUUGUAUGUGUGUGGGACGCACGCCUUUCAACCACUGUGUGACUAUUUGAACCUCACUGACUUCUCAUUGACUGGUCGACCUGAAGACGGCAGGGGGAAAUGCUCCUUUGACCCCUCACAAAGCUUUACCACGGUCAUGGUUGAUGGAGAGCUGUACUCUGGGACGUCGUAUAACUUCUUAGGCAGUGAACCCAUUAUUUCCAGAUACUCUCCGAGCCAUUCCCUGCUAAGGACGGAGUACUCCACGUCAUGGCUCAAUGAGCCCAGUUUUGUUUACGCCGACGUGAUCAAAGAAGGACACAACGCAGCAUCUGGCGAGGACGACAAAAUCUACUUCUUCUUCACGGAGGUGUCAGUGGAGUAUGAAUUCUUUGGCAAGCUGCUCAUCCCCAGGGUGGCGCGUGUCUGUAAGGGUGACCUCGGGGGCCAGCGCACUCUGCAGAAGAAGUGGACGUCGUUCCUCAAAGCUAAACUGGUUUGCUCCAUGCCUGAGCUCAACUUCGUCUUCAACGUAGUGCACGACAUCUUCAUCCUGAAGGAGUCCGACAGCAAGGACACGGUCAUCUACGGCGUCUUCACCUCUCAGUGGGGUAAUGUGGGCUUGUCAGCUGUGUGUGCCUAUAAAAUGACUGAUGUGGAAGAUGCCUUCUCCAGGGGCAAGUACAUGCAGAAGGCCACCGUGGAGCACGCUCACACCAAGUGGGUGCGGUACAAUGGCAUCAUUCCUACUCAACGCCCCGGAGCAUGCAUUAACAACGAGAUGCGACAUCAGAACAUCAACAGCUCUCUCAACCUGCCGGACAAGACUCUUCAGUUUGUAAAGGACCACCCCCUGCUGGAGGAUCCUGUCCUGCCCAUCGGCAACCGGCCUCGCCUCAUCACCAGAGACGUCAACUACACUCAGAUCGCCGUGGAGAGGGUCCGAGCGCUCGACGGCAAUGUUUAUGACGUAGUCUUCACCGCAACAGAUAAAGGAAUCCUGCACAAGUCGGUGGUGUCUGAAGGUAACGUUCACCUUGUGGAGGAGGUCCAGCUCCUGAAGACCUCUGAGUCCAUUAAGACCUUGCUGCUGUCCUCAGAGACGCGGUCUCUGUAUGCCGGUUCAGACUCUGGCGUUGUCCAGUCUCCCACAGCCUUCUGCGGCAGGUAUCUGUCCUGCGAGGACUGUGUCCUGGCACGGGACCCGUACUGCGCUUGGUCCCAUCGCAACGCCACCUGUGUCAAUACCCUUGACGUUCCCAGGCCUCAGCACGGGACACUUAUCCAGAGCAUGAAUGGUGAUGCAGACAAGUGUCCUAGAGUGCCAGGUCUGGCUGUGAAGGAUUACCAGCAGGUGACGGUGAAACCAGGGAGCUCUGUUGAGCUCCCAUGCCUGGUUCAAUCCAAUCUGGCGCAGGUGAUGUGGAAAUCCAACGGCUCGUUUCUCACCGAGGCGUCUGGCUUCCACCUUAUAGGCGAUAGCAGUCUCCUUAUUUACAGCGUGGCUUCUGUGGAUCAAGGCAACUACGAGUGCUGGUCUGUGGAAUGGGCCCCGGCUGCUAAGAAGAACUUCAGCCGUCUCCUGGCUGGCUACGCCGUUUCUCUGGGCCUUCCAACCAGAGCCCCUGAUCAGGUGGUCCAAGUGACCGCCACCCUUGGCAGAGAGGACGCAGCUAGCACACAUGCUGCUGAAGGUAAUGAUAAUACAGACAGAGCCCCAUUAACUCCAGCCAUUGCUCCUCCCAGCUACACAGCCCCAGCUUCGGUCUCGAUCCUCCUCACCUCCCCACCCCAAACUGACCCAUCACUAACCCCGCCCCCUAGCAGCACUAUCAGGUUCCAUCCGAAGCAGCAUCACCCCCCGAGCCCCAACGGGCCCAUCUCAGAAACCAAGGCCCCAGCCGCCGAAUAUCUGCAGCACAACAACAGCAGCAUCGCUCUCCUCUUCCUCUUCCUCCUGUUCUUCCUGCUCUUCCUGUCCGCGCUGGCCUACAACUGCUACAUGCAGUAUCUUCCAGCCCCGUGCAUGCGCAUGCGAGCCGCUCUGCUGGGCAGUCACAAGAGCGCCAGUCAGCCCGAGUACCGGGCGUGUGAAGCGGGUCUGAUGGAAGCACCCGCGGCGGACAAAAUUAUCAUGACGGAGGCUCCGACGCAGAACGGCAGCCAAACCUCUCAGAACCUCCGGGCGCUCCGCGACACCGGGUACGAGACUGAGCCGGAGUGCGGCAACGGUCGGGUCACCUCUCACAAUUAUGGAGACAACUGCGCACCCCAGGAGAAACCGUUCGACGUGGACUGCGACUCUCAGUCCAUCCAGUUUGCAGAUGCAGAUGAACCUUACUGCUAAUGCGCCGCUGCUGCUUCUCUGUGUGUUAAGAUGGUUUAUAGAGUUUUAAGUGGUGUCCUCUGCACAGACGUAUGUUCAGUGCACAGCAUGGGUCAUAAGGAUUAAGUCAGGUGUCCCACUUGACUGUGGAGAUUUUCCCUGCUGGCAGAUAUAGGGCUUUUGAUAAUGAGGUAAAAAACAACAACAACUAUAUUCAUAGAAGCUGCAGCUUAAUCCAGCAAGUGAAGCUAAUCUUUUUUAAAUUCCAAAUUGGAAACAUUCUUUUACCAAAUUGGUAAGUCACUGCGAUGUUUUCCAAAUUGGAAUCACGUUUUUUUUUUUGUACAGCCUUUCUGCUUUUUGCGUCUAUUUUUCAAAGCAAUGUGCAAGGCUAAUGGACUAAUGGGUGAAUGCUUCACAGUUGCAGUGUUUUCUCAGGGAAGAUUUUCUCUGUGCGUCGUAACCGUGCCUGUGUCGUACUGUGUUGCCGUCUGCAGCACCGGGUAUGUGCGCUUUAAACUCACCCAGUGAGUGUCGGGGUUUGAACAUCGGAGAGAAACAAAAGAGAGAAAAAUAAUGGAGUAAAUGAAACCACUGUCCUUUUUGUAGUCUCAUCCUGUGUGACAAUGUUGAGUCUCUUAAUGUUGUUGGGUUUUUUUUGACAUUCCUACAUGGUCCUGUGUGUUAACCUCUACUCUUCAUGUUCCCUCAUGAGGAUUGUGACAGUGUAAAGAUGCACAGGAUGCUUGUUGAUACCAGUUCUUUUUCUAAAAAACAAAGCCCUGGAAACAAUCUGAAUUUUUUUUAUUAUUAUUAUUGAAUUACUAUUUUUAAUUAAACCUACUGCUCACUUUUAGAAUUAUUUAAGAAGUCAACAUUUUUUUUAUCAUUUUGUCCAUGGUACAAGUUGUUGUUCUUUCCUAUUGUGUUUAGUUUAUUUAUUGCAGCAGAUUUUUUUUUGAAUCCCAGCCCCUCAUUGUUGAGUCUCCCUCUUGUCUUUUCUGCAUGUCCUCCUUUUUUAUUUUUAUUUUGAUUUCCUACUUUCCUCAAUACUCUUGUUUUCCACUACUCCCUCCCUCACAGCCUCCUCUUCUGUCGGCACUUCAUCUUCCCUGUCAACAUCUGGAAGUAGCCCUCCCUAUGCACUCCCUUCCUCUUCCUCCUCUUCUUCUUCUUCCUCCUCUACCACCACCUCCUCCUCCUCCUCCUCCUCCUCCGGCAAG